GACACACAAGGAAGGAUUCUUGUCUAUUUUUAUUAUUCAGAUUUGUGUUACAUAAGAUGAAAUACUUGGUUCUUCCUUGUCUAUUUUUCUCUCUACGGAAGGUUUCAUCUCUCAUUUCAAAGUAUUGCUACCUUUGUGUUGUUCAAGUGACCCUUUCAUCUCUCAUAAAAAGGUUCGCCGCUGAGCUAGAACCUCCAAUAAGAGUGAAACCAAACCCAGUUCCACAAAUCUUCUUGAGAUCACCUCUCUGUUCUCUGAUGAUGACACCAAGUGAAACAUCAUUGACAAACAAGUUUUGGCAAGAGAAGCGUUUUUCUUAAUUACUGGUCAACCCGUAGCUCCGGGUCGCCGGUUUUUACACCGACCCGGCCGGUUCAAAACGAGUUGAUUGCAUGCCCGAUCCGUUGCUCGACUCGAACCGGCCGGUUCGAGCCGAGUUUAAUAACCCUGCUUGCAGGAGUUAGUUAGCCGUCAUAUUUCUGGAGCUUUGCCCUCUACAACACCGGGAAUUAGGUUUGACACCCCAUCUAUUGGGUUUCGCACCCCACUUUAUUAAAAACGGGAAUUAAAAUUCCGAUUUUAAUACGAAAAAAACGAGAAUUAAAAAACCGUUAUGUGUUUUAGCAUAUGUGGCACAUUUUCAACCAUUCAUUACAUAUAAAAAAAAAUCGGGAUUUUAAAUUCCGUUUUGAAAACGAAAAUUUAAUUCCCGUAUUGAAUAAAGUGGGGUGCCAAACCCAAUAGGUGGGGUGUCAAACCCAAAUCCCAACAACACCUUAUAAUAUAGGCUAUUAUUAAUUGGGGGAUACAUUUUUCAAUAUAAAGGUAGUAAAGUCUUAGAGCUUUAGUUCCAGGUUUUGGGGUGAUCUCGUCAAGCAAACAUUGAAUCAUCAUUCUCAUCCGAUGCUGAAGAAAAGAUUGGAGGGAAAGGUGGCUCUAAUCACUGGUGCAGCUAGUGGAAUUGGGGAAGAGACAGUGAAGCUGUUUGUAGAAAAUGGAGCAAUUGUUGUAGCAGCUGAUGUUCAAGAUGAACUAGGUGUUCAAGUUGCAGCUUCAAUAGGCUCUGAAAAAGUCACAUACCACCACUGCGAUGUGAGAGAUGAAGAACAAGUUAAGGAAACAGUGAAUUUCACCUUGGAAAAACACGGUCGCUUGGACGUGCUUUUCAGCAAUGCUGGAGUCAUAGGCUCCUUAUCGGGAAUCCUCGAACUCGAUCUGAACGAGUUCGAGAACACCAUGGCGACCAAUGUUGGUGGUGCAGCCGCAACCAUCAAACAUUGCGCUCGGGCCAUGGUGGAGAAAAACAUAAGAGGAUCCAUCAUAUGCACGACGAGCGUGGCAGCGUGCGUCGGGGGAGCUGGCCCUCAUGGUUACACCGCCUCAAAACACGCGCUUUUGGGGCUGGUGAGAUCCGCGUGCGGUGAGCUUGGUGGUUAUGGUAUCAGGGUUAACUGCAUUUCCCCUUUCGGCGUCGCGACGCCACUGGCUUGCAGAGCUUUCAAUCUUGAGCCACAUCAGGUUGAGGCGAAUAGUUGUGACCAGGCUAAUCUCAAGGGUGUUGUGUUGAAGGCUCGGCAUGUGGCGGAAGCUGCUUUGUUUCUUGCUUCUGAUGAAGCUGUUUACAUCAGUGGUCAUAACUUGGUGGUUGAUGGUGGCUUCUCUGUGGUUAAUCACAGUUCUUCUUCUUCUACCACACCUUAUUAUUACCAUAAUGUAGAUGCUGCAUGAUGAUUUUGACAUUACAUUUUAAUUUCCUUCUUCUUGAACCUGAGAAUUUUGAUUUGAUGCCAUGCAUCAUGCAUUAAAUCUUGUUACUUUGCACUC